AUGACAGUCAAACGGUUUUUGAAACUAACUAGGUUUUUACACCUAAAUGAUAAUUUGCAAAUGCCACCUCGAAAUACUGAACAUUUUGAUAAACUAUAUAAGGUAAGACCUUUAAUUAGCCAUUUAAAACAAGUUUAUUUGGAUUURUAUACUCCAUCCAAACAAUUAGCAAUAGAUGAAAGUAUGGUAGCCUUUACAGGAAGAUCAACCAUGAAGCAAUUCAUKCCAUUGAAACCUAUAAAAAGAGGGUUUAAAGUUUGGGCAAUGGCAGAUUCUUCUAAUGGUUACCUAAUUAAUUUUGAUGUUUAUACUGGGAAAAAAAGUUCAAAUCAAACAGAAUUCGGCCUUGGAGAAAAUGUAGUAUUAGAUCUGACCCAAAAUUUAAAACACAAAUCAUGUUGUUUGUACUUUGACAACUUUUUCACUAGUAUUCCAUUGAUAGAUAAGCUUCAUAAAAAUGAUUUAUUUGCAUGUGGUACAUUUCGAGUAAAUAAAAAAAUGUAUCCAAAAGAUAUUAUGAAGAAGGAUAAAGACUUCAAAAUGGGUGAUACAGAUUUUGCUCAAAGUGGUGAURUGAGUAUUUCAAGAUGGAAAGAUAGAGGUAAGAAACCAGUCACUGUUGUUAGUAAUAUGCAUAAUGCUUCUGCAACAGAAAUUGUUCUAAGAACCAAUUCUAGAGGACAAAGGACACCUAUUUUAUGUCCAUCAAGUAUAGCCGAUUAUAAUCGUUAUAUGGGCGCAGUUGACCGCUUUGACCAAUCAAAACUAACUGAUCAGUUAAUAUCAGAUUUUUCAUCUCGACAAAGACGACCUACCAUUUCCCCGUUGAGUAAUAAACGUAAAGAUUCUACUGGUUCUAUUCAAAUUUCUGGAAAACAUUUGGCCAUAAAAAUUAGUACAUAUCGCCGCUGUGUGUCAUGCAGUAAGUCCAAAGAAAAGCGAUCCAAUAUGGCUUGUGAUAAAGUUUUGUGUAAAGACUGUUUUGCUAAAUAUCAUGAAUAA